GGCGGCCGGUCGGUGCUGAGUGCGGAGUCGCCGGCCCGGGCCGAACCCGCCGGCGGCGGACGCCCGCUCCUCGGGGCGGCCCUCGCCCUCUGUCCUUCGCGAAUCCGAGCCGGCUCGCCUCGCUCCCGCGGACCACCAUGUCUGGCGCGGCGGAGAAGCAGGGCAGCACCCCGAGCGCGCUGUUCCUCUCGCCGCCGGCGCCUGCCCCCAAGAAUGGCUCCAGCUCCGACUCCUCGGUGGGGGAGAAACUAGGCUCCGUGGGGACCGACGCCGGGACCGGCAGGACUGAGGAGUACCGGCGUCGCCGCCACACUAUGGACAAGGACAGCCGCGGGGCGGCCGCCACCACGACCACCACUGAGCACCGCUUCUUCCGCCGCAGCGUCAUCUGCGACUCCAACGCCACCGCGUUGGAACUGCCCGGCCUCCCCCUGCCCCUCCCCCCGCCCAGCGUCGCCGCGCCCGUUCCGCAGAGUGCUCCACCGGAGCCGCACCGUGAGGAGAUCUCGACCGCCGCCGCCGCGGCCCCGGGAGCCCAGGAGCCUCCCGCCGCUGCGGGCCCUGGGGAGCCACCCGCCGCGGCCCCUGUCGCCGCGCCUGCGCCCAGCGGUACCAGCAGAGACCGCCCAGGUGCCCAGCCCAGCCAUGAGGGGAGCAAAGAGGAGCCUCCGCCGGCGAGAAGCGGCAGCGGCGGCGCCAGCGCCAAGGAACCGCAAGAGGAGCGGAGCCAGCAACAGGAUGAUAUCGAAGAGCUGGAGACCAAGGCCGUGGGAAUGUCCAAUGACGGCCGCUUCCUCAAGUUUGACAUCGAAAUUGGCAGAGGCUCCUUUAAGACGGUCUACAAAGGUCUGGACACUGAGACCACUGUGGAGGUCGCCUGGUGUGAACUGCAGGAUCGGAAGUUAACAAAGUCUGAGAGGCAGAGAUUUAAAGAAGAGGCUGAAAUGUUAAAGGGUCUUCAGCAUCCCAAUAUUGUUCGAUUCUAUGAUUCCUGGGAAUCCACAGUAAAAGGAAAGAAGUGCAUUGUUUUGGUGACUGAACUUAUGACAUCUGGAACACUUAAGACGUACCUGAAAAGGUUUAAGGUGAUGAAGAUCAAGGUUCUAAGAAGCUGGUGCCGUCAGAUCCUUAAAGGACUUCAGUUUCUUCAUACUCGAACUCCACCUAUUAUUCACCGAGAUCUUAAAUGUGACAACAUCUUUAUCACUGGCCCCACAGGCUCCGUCAAGAUUGGAGACCUAGGUCUGGCGACCCUGAAGAGAGCUUCUUUUGCCAAGAGCGUGAUAGGUACCCCAGAGUUCAUGGCCCCUGAGAUGUAUGAGGAGAAAUAUGAUGAAUCAGUUGAUGUUUAUGCUUUUGGGAUGUGCAUGCUUGAGAUGGCCACGUCUGAAUACCCUUACUCAGAGUGCCAAAAUGCUGCACAGAUCUACCGUCGAGUGACCAGCGGGGUGAAGCCAGCCAGUUUUGACAAAGUAGCAAUUCCUGAAGUGAAGGAAAUUAUUGAAGGAUGCAUACGGCAAAACAAAGAUGAAAGAUAUUCUAUCAAAGACCUUUUGAACCAUGCCUUCUUCCAGGAGGAAACAGGGGUGCGGGUAGAAUUAGCAGAAGAAGAUGAUGGAGAAAAGAUAGCCAUUAAAUUAUGGCUACGUAUCGAAGAUAUUAAGAAAUUAAAGGGAAAAUACAAAGACAAUGAAGCCAUUGAGUUUUCCUUUGACUUGGAGAGAGAUGUGCCAGAAGAUGUUGCUCAAGAAAUGGUAGAGUCUGGGUAUGUCUGUGAAGGUGAUCACAAGACCAUGGCGAAAGCCAUCAAGGAUAGAGUGUCAUUAAUUAAGAGAAAACGAGAGCAGCGGCAGUUGGUGCGGGAAGAGCAAGAAAAAAGAAAGCAGGAAGAGAGCAGUCUCAAACAGCAGGUGGAACAACAGUCAAGUGCUUCCCAAGCAGGAAUCAAGCAGCUCCCUUCUGCUAGCACCAGCGUCCCUGCUGCCUCAACCACUUCAGCUUCAGUUUCUACACAAGUAGAACCUGAAGAACCUGAGGCAGAUCAACAUCAACAACUACAGUACCAACAGCCUAGUAUAUCUGUGUUAUCUGAUGGGACCAUUGACAGUGGUCAGGGAUCUUCUGUCUUCACAGAAUCUCGAGUGAGCAGCCAACAGACUGUUUCUUAUGGUUCCCAACAUGAACAGGCACAUUCUACUGGCACUCUCCCAGGGCAUACAGCUUCUGUUGUCCAAGCACAGUCUCAGCCCCAUGGGGUAUAUCCACCCUCAAGUAUGGCACAGGGGCAGAGCCAGGGUCAGCCAUCCUCAAGUAGCUUAACAGGCAUUCCAUCCUCCCAGCCCAUACAACAUUCUCAGCAGCAGCAAGGAAUACAGCAGACAGCCCCUCCUCAACAGACAGUGCAGUAUUCCCUUCCACAGACAUCAACCUCCAGUGAGACCACUACUGCACAGCCAGUGAGUCAACCUCAAGCUCCACAGGUCUUGCCUCAAGUAUCAGCUGGAAAACAGCUUCCAGUUUCCCAGCCAGUACCAACUGUCCAAGGCGAACCUCACAUCCCAGUUGCGACACAACCCUCAGUUGUUCCAGUCCAUUCUGGUGCUCAUUUCCUCCCAAUGGGACAGCCACUCCCUACUUCCUUACUUCCUCAGUACCCUGUCUCUCAAAUCCCCAUAUCAACUCCUCAUGUGUCUGCGGCUCAGACAGGUUUCUCAUCCCUUCCCAUCACAAUGGCAGCUGGCAUUAAUCAGCCUCUGCUCACCUUGGCUUCAUCUGCUACAGCAGCUACGAUCCCAGGGGGAUCAACUGUGGUUCCUAGUCAGCUUCCAACCCUUCUGCAGCCUGUGACUCAGCUGCCGAGUCAGGUUCACCCACAGCUCCUGCAACCAGCAGUGCAGUCCAUGGGAAUACCAGCUAACCUUGGACAAGCUGCUGAGGUUCCACUUCCCUCUGGAGAUGUUCUAUACCAGGGCUUCCCACCUCGACUGCCACCACAAUACCCAGGAGAUUCAAAUAUUGCUCCCUCUUCCAGCGUGGCUUCUGUUUGCAUCCCUUCUACAGUCCUAUCCCCUCCCAUGCCGACAGAAGCAUUGGCUACACCAGGUUACUUUCCUACAGUGGUGCAGCCUUAUGUGGAAUCAAAUAUUUUGGUUCCUGUGGGCAGUAUAGGAGGACAGGUUCAAGUGUCCCAGCCAGCAGUGAGUUUAGCACAAGCCCUCCCUACAUCCUCCCAGCAGGCAGCUCUGGAGAGUACUCAGGGAGUUGCUCAGGUUGCUCCUCCAGAGCCAAUUCCAGUAGCACAGCCACAACCCACCCAGCCUACCACUUUGGUCUCUUCUAUAGACAGUGCACAUUCAGAUGUUGCUUCAGGUAUGAGUGAUGGCAAUGAGAAUGUGCCAUCAUCCAGUGGAAGACAUGAAGGGAGAACCACGAAACGGCAUUAUCGAAAAUCUGUAAGAAGUCGUUCUCGUCAUGAAAAGACUUCACGCCCAAAAUUGAGAAUUUUGAAUGUUUCAAAUAAAGGAGACCGAGUAGUAGAAUGUCAAUUAGAGACUCACAAUCGGAAAAUGGUUACAUUCAAAUUUGAUUUAGAUGGUGACAACCCCGAGGAGAUAGCAACAAUUAUGGUGAACAAUGACUUUAUUCUAGCAAUAGAAAGAGAGUCAUUUGUGGAUCAAGUGAGGGAAAUUAUUGAAAAAGCUGAUGAAAUGCUCAGUGAGGAUGUCAGUGUGGAACCAGAGGGUGAGCAGGGAUUGGAGAGUCUGCAGGGAAAGGAUGACUAUGGCUUUUCAGGUUCUCAGAAAUUGGAAGGAGAAUUCAAACAACCGAUUCCUUCAUCUUCUAUGCCACAGCAAAUAGGCAUUCCUACCAGUUCUUUAACUCAAGUCGUUCAUUCUGCCGGAAGACGUUUUAUCGUGAGUCCUGUGCCAGAGAGUCGAUUGCGAGAAUCAAAAGUUUUCACCAGUGAAACAUCAGAUACAGUUGCUGCCUCUACGUCUCAUGGCACUGGAAUGAACUUGUCUCACUCUGCUUCAUCCCUUAGUCUACAGCAGGCCUUUUCUGAACUUAGACAUACCCAAAUGACAGAAGGACCCAGUACAGCACCUCCCAACUUUAGUCAUACAGGACCAACAUUUCCAGUGGUACCUCCUUCCAUGACUAGCAUUGCUGGAGUCCCAACUACAGCAGCAGCCACACCUUCAGUAUCCGUCUCUGCAACUAGCUGCCCUCUUAAUGACAUUUCCAUAUCAGUAAUUCAGUCUGAGAUUACAGUGCCCACUGAAAAGGGGAUUGCCGGAGUUGCCACUUGCACAGGUGUAAUAACUUCAAGUGGUCUCCCUGUACCACCUGCAUCUGAAUCACCAGUACUUUCCAGUGUGGUUUCAAGCAUCACAAUACCUGCGGUUGUCUCAAUAUCAACAACAUCCCAGUCAGUUCAGGCUCCCACAUCUGGGAGCAUUGUUUCUAGUAUAGGCACUUUGCCCUCUGUACCAGUUUCAACAACUUCAGCCUCUACAGUGGGCAGUGCUGCUGCCCCGGGUGCUAAGCCUCCACCUGUAUUAUCUCAGCAGGCAGCAGGCAGUACUACUGGGAUAGCCACGUUAACAUCAGUUUCUACCACCACUCCAUUCCCAAGCAUAGCUUCACAGCCUGCUCUUCAGCUUAGCAGCAGCACCUCUGCUCCUACUCUAGCUGAAACAGUGGUGAUUAGUGCACACUCACUAGAUAAAACAUCUCAUAGCAGUGCAACUGGAUUGGCUUUGUCCCUCUCUGCAUCAUCUUCUUCCCCUGGAGCAGGAGUAUCUAGUUCUAUUUCUCAGCCCAGUGGGGUGCAUCCUUUGGUCAUCCAGUCAGCUGUAGCUUCUACUCCUGUCCUUCCCCAAGCAGCAGGACCUACUUCUACACCUUUAUUGCCACAAGUACCUAGUAUCCCACCCUUGGUGCAACCUGUUGCCAGUGUGCCUGCUGUACAGCAGACACUAAUUCAUAGUCAGCCUCAGCCAGCUUUGCUUCCCAAUCAGCCCCAUACUCACUGUCCUGAAAUAGAUGCUGAUACCCAACCCAAAGCUCCUGGGAUUGAUGACAUAAAGACUUUAGAGGAAAAACUACGCUCUCUCUUUAGUGAACAUAGUUCAUCUGGAGCUCAACAUGCCUCUGUCUCACUGGAGACGUCACUAGUAGUAGAGACCACUGUCACACCAGGCAUCCCAACCACUGCUGUUGCACCAAGCAAACUCAUGACAUCCACUACAAGUACUUGCUUACCACCAACUAGUUUGCCAUUAGGAACAACUGGUUUGUCAGUUAUACCAGUGGUCACACCUGGCCAGGUUUCUACCCCAGUCAGCUAUGUUUCAGCCCCAGUCAGCAGUACACCAGGAGUGAAACCCGGAACUGCUCCAUCAAAGCCAUCUUUAACUAAGGCUCCAGUGUUGCCAGUGGGGACUGAACUUCCAGCUGGUACUCUACCCAGCGAUCAGCUGCCACCUUUUCCAGGACCUUCACUAACUCAGUCACAGCAACCUCUGGAAGAUCUUGAUGCUCAGUUGAGAAGAACGCUUAGUCCAGAGACUGUUGCAGUGACAUCUGCAGUUGGUCCGGUGUCUGUGGUGGCUCCAACGGCCGUUACGGAAGCAGCAGCACAGCCCCAGAAGGAUGUUUCUCAAGUCACAGAAGGUCCCGUCCUAGCAACUACUUCAGGAACUGGUGUUUUUAAGAUGGGGCGAUUUCAGGUUUCAGUAGCAAUGGAUGAUGCCCAGAAAGAGGGUCAAAGUAAGUCAGAAGAUGCAAAGUCUGUUCAUUUUGAAUCCAGCACUUCAGAGUCCUCAGUGCUAUCAAGUAGUAGUCCAGAGAGUACCCUGGUGAAGCCAGAGCCUAAUAGCGUAACCAUUCAUGGCAUCUCUUCAGAUGUGCCAGAUAGUGCCCACAAAACUCCUCUCUCAGCAGCAAAGUCAGAAACUGGGCAGUCUACCAAGGUUGGACGUUUUCAGGUGACAACUACAGCAAACAAAGUAGGUCGUUUCUCUGUAUCAAGAACUGAAGACAAGAUCGCUGAAGCAAAGAAAGAAGGACCAAUGGCGUCUCCUCCUUUUAUGGAUUUGGAACAAGCUACUCUUCCUGCUGUGAUACCAAAGAAAGAAAAGCCUGAACUGUCAGAGCCUUCACAUCUUAACGGGCCAUCUUCUGACCUGGAGGCUGCCUUCCUAAGUAGGGAUGUGGAUGAUGGUUCAGGUAGUCCACACUCCCCCCAUCAGCUGAGCUCAAAGAGUCUUCCUGUCCAAAAUCUAAGUCAAAGCCUUAGUAAUUCAUUCAACUCCUCUUACAUGAGUAGUGACAAUGAGUCAGAUAUUGAAGAUGAAGACUUAAAGUUAGAGCUGCGGCGACUACGAGAAAAACAUCUUAAAGAGAUUCAAGACCUGCAGAGUCGCCAGAAGCAUGAAAUUGAAUCUUUGUAUACCAAACUGGGCAAGGUUCCCCCUGCUGUCAUUAUUCCUCCAGCUGCCCCCCUUUCAGGGAGAAGAAGGCGACCCACUAAGAGCAAAGGCAGCAAAUCUAGUCGCAGCAGUUCCUUGGGAAAUAAAAGCCCCCAGCUUUCAGGUAACCUGUCUGGUCAGAGUUCAGCCUCAGUCUUGCACCCCCAGCAGACCCUCCACCCUCCUGGCCACAUGCCAGAGAGUGGGCAGAAUCAGCUGUUACAGCCCCUUAAGCCAUCUCCCUCCAGUGACAACCUCUAUUCAGCCUUCACCAGUGAUGGUGCCAUUUCAGUACCAAGCCUUUCUGCUCCAGGUCAAGGCUGUGCGAAGUUUAACUGUGCAUCUGAGCAGGUGACAUUCAAACCUGGUGGCAGGAGGACCCGAUUUCUGAGUACGCCCUGCUUGGCUCUUUGGAAGAUGGUGAAAAAAGUCUGUCCUUGCAACCAGCUCUGUAGGACCAGCAGCACAAAUACCGUGGGGGGCACGGUAAACAGCCAGGCUGCCCAAGCUCAGCCUCCUGCCAUGACGUCCAGCAGGAAGGGCACAUUCACAGAUGACCUGCACAAGUUGGUAGAUAAUUGGGCCCGAGAUGCCAUGAAUCUUUCGGGCAGGAGAGGAAGCAAAGGACACAUGAAUUAUGAGGGCCCUGGAAUGGCAAGGAAGUUCUCUGCACCUGGUCAGCUGUGCAUCUCCAUGACCUCAAACUUGGGUGGCUCUGCCCCCAUCUCUGCAGCAUCAGCUACCUCUCUAGGUCACUUCACCAAGUCUAUGUGCCCCCCACAGCAGUAUGGUUUUCCAGCCCCCCCCUUUGGCACUCAGUGGAGUGGAACGGGUGGCCCAGCACCACAGCCACUUGGCCAGUUCCAGCCUGUGGGAACUGCCUCCUUACAGAAUUUCAACAUCAGCAAUUUGCAGAAAUCCAUCAGCAACCCCCCAGGUUCCAACCUGCGGACCACUUAGACCUAGAGACAUUAACUGAGUAUAUUUGGGGGAAGGAGAUGGAAUGCUGAGUGUGGGUGGGAGGGGGGAUUGGAAAGUAGCCUAUAUACUAACUACUAGUGCUGCAUUUAACUGGUAAUUUCUUGCCAGAAAGGAAUGUUUUUAAUACCGCUUAGAGCCCUCAGAAUGGAGAAUCUCCCUCCACCUUCACCAUUUAUUGGAGUGGGAAGGAAAGAACAGCUUUCUUGUGAUGGGGCAGCUUCAAACUAUGCUUUCCUGCUUAUGUGUAACAGUGAGGGCUGGGAAAGGGAAUUGUGUCUAUCAGAAAGCUACUGGAGAGCUCCAUGGAAAACCACACCCCAUCUGUACUUUCAAGUGGGUGGAGCUCUUAAUCUUGGUACCCACUGCGAAUCCCUCAUUCCCUCAAGAAUCUAAGCCACAAGACAAAAAAAAACACUUGGGGGCUCUCUCCUACUCUGUCCCCACGCUUCCUUUUUUUUUUUUUCCUUUCUUUUUUUUUUUUCUUCUUUUUUUUCUCUUUAGAACCCAGUGAAAAACACCAGGGGACUGAGGUUUCAACCCUUUCUUAUGAUAGGUCAUUAGUGCUUUCAGCAAAUGAUAAUAGCAGCUUGGACUGCAGCAUUAGCAAUUAGGAAAAAAAAAUAAGUUCCCUGCGGACAUGUAACUUUGCCAUCAGUUUUGAUGUGGAAACACUGUGAUAUAUAAAUGUUGUUGGACAACAGUAGUUUUAAGAGUAAAAUAUGAAAGGUUUAAAAAGUUGAAAAAAAGCUAGCUCUGUCCUUUACUUAUUGAGACACUUUAACUUUUUCCUUUGCAUUUCCAUUGUAUUAGAUAAAUAAAUGUGAAUGUAAAAUUGUAUAAAUUACUGUACUUGAAGACUUCUGUUUUCCCAGUAUUGCUUGCUGGAUAUUUUAGUGCCUUGGACUUCUAUUGCUUCUGCCGGUAGCAUCAACUUAUCAGACCCCACAUCAGCAAAGGGCAUAUGGAAGAAAACCUAAGGUCCAGUUGACCCCAGCAGUAGACUAUGCCAAAGGGAAAUUGAAAGAGUAUUUUUUUUAAGUUAUUCAACAAUUUUGUCUAGAGCAGGUGUAAGAUGAACAGGGUGAGAAGUUAAGUUGACAUCAGUGGUUGAAAGCAGAAAGUUCUGUUUCAGGAACAGUGAGGCGGGAUGUUGUAAUAAAAUUGGGCAAUUUAAAAGAUUAAGGGUAGUGUGUGAUAAGUAAAGGCAAAAGAAAGAGUAAAGAGUGGGAGAACAAGCUUGUUUGGAAGAUAUGUGAUGCCUGGCCAGUGGAUGCCAUAAGCCUUACUUACUCGAGCUGGGCUUGAACAGAGGAGACCUAGAAGAAAUGGCUCAAUAUAAAGGGAAGGGGGUUGGGGGCUAGUUUUUAAGUUGGGAAACAUGAUUGGGAAAAGUCACAGAUGGAGAAAGUUGCUCUAAGAAAAACUGUUUGGAUUGCUUUCCUCUUGUUGCAAAUCCAUUUCUCAGCUUGGGGUACAAUAUUUUGUGGAAAGUGGACCCACACCUAAAUUAGGCAUUGUAGAAAAGAACGCUGAUUCCUACUUUUUCCUAUAUGAUGUCCAGAUGGUUGCAGAAUCAUAAUCUAUUGUGCCACCUUUAUUUCUAGAAUUGCAAGUGAUCUCACAUUUUCAUAUAAACAAAUAUUCCCCUUAAGUAAUAACUGCAACCAACCAGUAUUAUUUAGUUGCAAUGCCUCGUUGGCAGUUCUGUUAUUUUCAGAGCUUUCAGGAAAUACUCUCCUAAUUGGCUAUGUUUGGGAUCUCCUUUUAUCUCUGAAGAUGGGGAAAGAAGCUAGGACCCUUCAUUUUUUGGGUGGUGCUUCUCUUGACUCUGGAGUUGGGAAAUUGACAUAUUUCCGACCUAUUACCCACCUCAACAGUACGUCCCAGGAAUCAACACAAUAUGAAGAGCCAGGCUGGCUAUCCUAUCUGACAUCAUUCCUUCAUGGGCCCUGUUUUCUUUGUCAGCCUAGGUCCCAAAAAUGCAAAUGAAAGUGGAAGGUUUUAAGAAGGUAGGGAAAUAAAGGGCAGGGGUUCCAAGCUCUGCUUCAAAAUUGUUUACGUAUUUAUUCUCUGCUUAUAAUUCUUGGGGAGAUGGUAAGAGUAAGGAUAGAACAAAGAAGGUGCCAAGUAAAUGAGAAAUGGACCACCCGAGACGAAUGAAACAAUAUUUUCUGCAAGAGGAACGAGGGAACCAAAUGCAGUACAUUAUUGUUUUAUUUUGGUUUAAUAUAAUUUUGAGGUCUCUUCACUCACACACAAAAAGUAAGAACUGGUUUUAUUUACUGUUGAUUUUUUUUUCCCCUCCUGUGGAUGAAAUAACUGAAGCCUAGAGAAAUGAACUAGUGCUACUGAACUGUUUAAAUUAUUUUUGUGUUAAUAGUACACUUUGAGUAUCUUUUUCCACAUUAAAAAAAAUCUUUCUGAAUUAUAAAUGUUUUCCUUACAUUAUUUAACAGUGUACACUGUUUAAAAAAACAAAUAAACUGAAUUCAAACCUUGGGGGUUCCUCAGCAGCCGUGAAUUGUACAUUUUGCACUAACUCUGGGUGUUGCGCUUCUUGUAAGAUUGCGCUUAUGCUUCAGUUUGUUACCUUUGUAGACUUAUUUAAUGAAACCAUUCAAAUAAACCAAACUUGCUUUUGUUGA